AUGCGUUACAUUGCUGCCUACCUCCUCCUCCAGAUUGGCGGAAACGCCUCGCCUGGAGCCAACGAUAUCAAGAAGGUUCUUGAGGCCGGCGCUGUCGAUGUCGACGAAGACCGCCUGAGCAAGCUCUUGAGCGAGCUCGAGGGCAAGGACGUCAAUGCCUUGAUUGCCGAGGGAUCGUCCAAGCUUGCGUCCGUCCCGUCGGGUGGCGCUGUGGCUUCUGGUGGAGCUGCCCCCGCUGCUGCUGCGGGUGGAGCUGCACCUGCAGAGGAGAAGAAGGAAGAGAAGAAGGAAGAGGAAAAGGAGGAAUCCGACGACGACAUGGGCUUCGGUCUGUUCGACUAG